AAGCCGAAGCCGUCAAAUUGCGCUAUUUUAACAAAAAAAAUUUUAAUUAUAAAAUAGGCACGCAAAUUGCAAUAAAAUAAGUUAAACACUACCGCAAGGUAUAGGCUGAGCGUGUGCAACCGUGGAGUAAGAAGAAGAGCGAAAACGAAGAGACAACAAUUUCGCAAAAACUGUAAACGGUAGUGAGCAGUGAAUAAAAUAUGUCUGGCAUUGCUAUAACUCGUUUGGGCGAGGAGCGCAAAGCGUGGCGUAAGGAUCAUCCAUUUGGUUUUGUUGCGAGGCCAGCAAAGAAUCCAGACGGCACACUAAAUCUGAUGAUCUGGGAGUGUGCUAUUCCCGGCAAGAAGUCGACACCAUGGGAGGGUGGUCUGUACAAGCUACGAAUGAUUUUCAAGGAUGACUACCCAACCUCGCCACCCAAAUGUAAGUUCGAACCGCCGCUCUUCCAUCCCAAUGUGUAUCCGUCUGGUACAGUGUGUCUUUCGCUGCUGGAUGAAGAGAAGGAUUGGCGUCCCGCCAUUACCAUCAAACAGAUUCUCUUGGGCAUUCAGGAUCUGCUCAAUGAGCCUAAUAUCAAGGAUCCAGCUCAGGCAGAGGCUUACACCAUUUACUGUCAGAAUCGCUUGGAGUAUGAGAAGCGUGUACGUGCUCAGGCACGUGCCAUGGCUGCUACCGAGUAGAUGAUAAGCCGCAACAGAA